GGCGGCUUCUCCUUCCGGGUUCCGCGCCUACGGUUUUCGAGCCCCGGUGCGGGAGCGGCGCGGGGCAGCGACCGACCGACCGGCGCGGGCGUGACGUCACGAGCGGCUGGCGGUGACGCAGUUUUCCCGCGGUUCUGGUGGCGGGAGAGGAGCGCGGCCGGGCGCGCCAUGCCGCCCAAGCCCCCCCGCAGGCCGGGCGCCGCCCGCAGCCAGCGCUGCAGUCCCGACGGCGGCUCCGGCAGCGCCCCGCCGCCCCGCAGCCCCCGGCUCGGCGUCGGCGAAGCCGGCUUCGUGGCGCUCUGCGAUGCCCUGAAGGUGCCGGGCAGCGUCAGGGAGAAGGCGUGGAAGACGUACGAGGGCUUGGCCGCCGCCGAGGGAGCUCCGGCUUAUGACAAAAAGAAAAAGGAAACGUGGGGAGUCUGUAUCUUUAUUGUAGCAAUUGAUCUGGAUGAAGUGACGUUCACUUUCACAGAGCUUCUGAAAAGUAUAAGCAUAAGCGUGUGCACAUUUUUUCAGUUUCUCAAAGAAGUGGAUGUUAACAUGGAUACUGUAAGCACUAAAGUUGAUAGCACUGUAUCAAGGCUGAAAAAGAAAUAUGAUGUCUUACUUGCACUAUAUCACAAGUUUGAAAGGACUUGUGGCCUUAUUUAUCUGGAACAACCCAGUAGUGAGAUUUCUGCUGAACUCAGUUCUGUAUUAGUCCUAAAAAAUUACUGGAUUACUUUUUUGCUGGCAAAAGGUAAAGUGUUGCAAAUGGAAGAUGACCUGGUGAUUUCUUUCCAGUUGUUGCUGUGUGUCUUAGAUUAUUUUAUCAAACUGUCACCUCCUGCUAUGCUCAAGGAACCAUACAAGUCUGCUGUGACAGCAGUGACUGUGAAUGGUUCAACUCGAACUCCAAGAAGAGGUCAGAACAGGAGUACACGCACUUCAAAACAAGUUGAUACUGACACAAAAGUUAUUGAAAUCCUUUGUAAAGAGCACGAUUGUAAUUUAGAUGAGGUCAAAAAUGUGUAUUUCACAAGCUUUAUUCCUUUCUUGAAUUCCAUGGGUAUUGUAGCUUCAAAUGGACUGCCAGAGGUUGAGGUUCUCUCAAAAGAGUACAAUGAGCUGUAUCUCAAAAACAAAGACAUAGAUGCAAGAUUGUUUCUGGAUCAUGAUGAAACCCUUCAGCCUGAUGUCAUAGCGUGUUCACAGUUGGAGAGAACACCACGAAAAAACAAUCCAGAUGAGGAGAUUAAUGUAAUACUUCCACAGACACCUGUUCGAGCUGCAAUGAAUACAAUUCAGCAAUUGAUAAUGAUUCUAAAUUCAGCAGCUGAUAAACCAUCUGAUACCCUUAUCGCAUAUUUCAAUAAUUGCACAGUUAACCCUAAAGAUAGUAUCCUGAAAAGAGUGGAAAGUCUUGGCCACAUCUUCAAAAAGAAAUUUGCUGAAGCAGUUGGACAGGGAUGCGCUGAGAUUGGCUCACAGAGAUACAUACUUGGGGUACGGCUGUAUUACAGAGUGAUGGAGUCUAUGCUGAAGUCGGAAGAACAGCGCCUUUCAGUGCACAAUUUCAGCAAACUGCUGAACGAUAACAUCUUCCACACAUCUCUUCUGGCAUGUGCUCUUGAAGUUGUCAUGUCUACGUAUGUCAGAACUGCUUCACAAAGUGAUGGUAGCAGUGCUGAAACAGACUUGUCUUUCCCGUGGAUUCUCAAUGUAUUUGAUUUAAAAGCUUUUGACUUCUACAAGGUGAUUGAAAGUUUUAUUAAAGUGGAGCCAAGCCUAACAAGGGACAUGAUAAAGCAUCUAGAACGCUGCGAACAUCGCAUUAUGGAAUCUCUUGCUUGGCAAUCUGAUUCACCUCUGUUUGAUCUUAUCAAGCAGUCGAAAGAGCGAGAAGGUCAGACUGAUCAGCCUGAGCCCGCCUCCACUCUAAAUGUGCCUCUCCAACAUAACCACACUGCAGCAGACCUGUAUCUUUCUCCUGUGAGAUCUCCUAAGAAGAAAGCAUCUGGACACCCUCACAGUGCUACUUCCAAUCCAGAUGCUCAGCCAGCUGCAAGCUCUCAAUCACAGAAACCACAAAAAUCUACCUCCCUCUCUCUGUUCUACAAAAAAGUGUAUCUACUGGCCUAUAAUCGAUUACAUACCCUGUUCUUUCGGCUUCUCUCUGAACAUCCUGACCUGGAACACUUGAUCUGGACCCUCUUCCAGCACACGCUGCAAAAUGAAUAUGAGCUUAUGAGAGACAGACACUUGGACCAGAUCAUGAUGUGUUCCAUGUAUGGCAUAUGCAAAGUAAAAAAUGUGGAUCUUAGAUUUAAGAUAAUAGUUUCAGCGUACAAGGAGCUUCCCAAUACAAACCAAGAGACCUUCAAACGUGUUCUUAUCAGGGAGGAACAGUACGACUCCAUUAUAGUCUUCUACAACUUGGUGUUUAUGCAGAAGCUGAAAACGAACAUUUUGCAGUAUGCCUCCAACAGGCCUCCUACUCUGUCACCUAUCCCACACGCUCCUCGCAGCCCUUACCAGUUUUCCACUUCUCCUCGGCGUGUCCCUGCUGGCAAUAACAUCUACAUCUCGCCCUUGAAGAGCCCAUACAAAUUCUCUGAUGGGUUUCAGUCUCCCACAAAGAUGACUCCGAGGUCUCGAAUUCUGGUGUCCAUCGGAGAGUCGUUUGGGACUUCUGAAAAGUUUCAAAAAAUAAACCAGAUGGUGUGCAACAGUGAGAGACAGCUGAAGCGCGGUGCCGAAGUGAGCGACGCUCCUAAGCCACUAAAGAGGCUGCGCUUUGAUAUAGAAGGGCAAGAUGAAGCAGAUGGGAGUAAACACCUACCCCAGGAGUCCAAGUUCCAACAAAAGCUUGCAGAAAUGACAUCCACUCGAACAAGAAUGCAGAAGCAGAAACUCAACGAUGGAAACGAUACCUCAGCCAGUGAAGAAAAGUGAGAUUCUUCUCAGGACCAGGGUCUGCGCUGCAGGCCCUCUUAGAUUGUUUCUGUUUUACAGCCUUCAUUAAUUGAGUUGCUUUUUUAGUCGCUUUUUAUUCCAAACUGCUAGUUGAAAACAUUUGGACUUUUUUAUUUUUUAAAUAUUUUUCAUGAUACUUUUGCCUUAUGAUGUAGCAUGUAUCCGAUGUAAGCCACUGAAUUUAAUUUAUAUAUAUUUUUUUGAGGAUUUUAAAAACAGACUUGGAAAAUGCCUUAGUUUCCUAUUGCGACAUUACUGAUUUAAGCCAGUUCAGUCUCCUUGGAUUGAAUUUUUCUGUCUAAAGGCGAAAUGUUAGCUAGAAUGUUUUGAAGUGCACUAAUUUUUGUUACUUAGAUUUCUUUUUAUUAUUGGAACUCGAAGCAUUAUUUGCAAAUUUUGAAAAUUAGGGGCCAGACACUGCAAAGAUUUGACUCUGUAUAUAAUUAGUAAAUCAAAUUCCCAUUAACUUAAGCUGCACAGCAGUCUUGCAGGGUCAGGAUCUCACUGCAGAAGUAGAACCAGAAAGCAAAGUGAACUCAUUAUGUAGCUGUACUACUGAAACCAGUAAUCCAUACCUCAGAUCCAGAAUGUUUUGCAUUUUUCCUGUCCCAGCCCUCACUCCGCUCCUUCAGAGGGCACUGCCCAUCUGUCCAGUUUGAAUUUUACUGAAUGUGAAUUUCACAUUAAAUGAGUCCCAGAAACCAAGACUUAUUCCCAGAUGCAAAGUACUUGAUUUGCUCUUUCAUAUCUUGGAAAAUCUCAAUUAAAACAAAAAGCACUACAGGCCUACGUCGCGCCUGGUACACCUAAGUUAUCAGUGAUGUGGGAUUUUCUUGGAGUGAUUUCAGAUUUUCGUCUAACUGUAGCCAAACCCAGUAAGUUGAAAAACAGGCUCAAAAGCUAUUUCCCACAGCUGAAAGCUGUGUCAGAAGUUGGGCUCCCGGUAAGAGUAGAUAACCUGCUAGCUAAAAGUGCAGCGUGUCUCCCGUUGGCAGCAUCUGCACCAAUCCAGAUUUCAUGACCUCAAAAAGGCAGAAUUUAAUAGGCAACUUGUGAACAGUUACAAGUAGCCAAAAGAAAAUUGUUUUUUACAAUGUAUUUGUAAAUUACUGAUUUGGAUACUGGAUUUUUUCUUGCAAUGAUAAAGGGAUUGCAAAAUAGCCAGUUAAUGAAAGCCUCUUUCAUUUCCUAGUAGAAAUAAGAAGAAAUAUGAAAUGAUACUUUUACAGAAGUAAAUGAGAUCCCGCUUUUAAAUUACCCAUUUUUUAAUGAAAUGUAGCCUUUGCAGCUACUUAAACUAAUACAGUUAUAGUAGAAAAGCUGUUCCUUACACAGUAAUAACUUAAAACAUCUCUGGGUAGCUUAUUUAGAGAUUGCAUAGCUGAACCUAGAGUCCUUACAGUAGUACAUUUUAAAGAUCAGUUCUGGUGUUGAUCAGAAGCUAACCCUAGAGCUACUAAAAAUGCUGCAAACAGCACCCUUGAUUUGUCACUGAAUUUUGAAAUAAAAUGGAGUUAUUUUUUUAGUCUCAAUACGGCUUCGACUUUCUUCCCGAAAGAUGUACAGAAGCGUUAAGAGUACCCUACGUUUAUUUUUCCACUUUUUGCAGUUUUGCAAGCAGAACGCGUGUUGCUUUGGGGCCGCUAUCCCUCAGUUCUGUUACAGCAGUCCAAGUUCCUCGGUGCUCCUUUGGCGAAUCCCCUGGGGUAACAUUACAGAGCCCAGUACCAAACAGAUCUCGUAUUUCUUUACUGUGACAAUGUAUUUUUUUGCUCAAACAGACUGAAGGCUUUACAUCAAAUGUAUGAUAAUAUUUUAUACAACUAAUCAGUUUCUCUCCUUUCAAGAUAAAUAAAAUAGCUUUUCAAAGA